AUGUCUCUCUUCCCGCUGUUUCUGGUUAGCAUCCUGUUUCCUGCCGUUCAGGCCAAGCAACUCACGAAAUGUGCACUGUCUCAUGAGCUGCGCGACCUUGCUGGCUACCGAAACGUCACCCUGCCUGAAUGGACCUGCAUCAUAUUUCAUGUCAGUGGGUAUGACACACAAGCCAAAGUAAAAAAUAAUAAAAACACAGAGUAUGGACUCUUCCAGAUAAGUGAUAAAGAUUUCUGUGCAAGCAGCCGGAAUGUUCAGUCAAAGAGCAUUUGUGGUAUUUCAUGUGACAAGCUCCUGGAUGAUGACCUUACUGAUGACAUAAUGUGUGCCAAGAAGAUCCUGGACAUCAAAGGAAUUGAUCACUGGUUGGCCCACAAACCACUCUGCUCUGACAGGCUGGAACAGUGGCACUGCGAGGCACCGUGA